UGAUUGUUUAGAGCCGAUAAACUUUUUCCUUUUUUGAGGCAACUUUUUCGGUGUGGGAGAGCGAGGAGGGGAUUGUUUUGGGGUUUAGAAUCAAGAAUCGAACUAUUGAAAAAAGGAAGCAGGCAUUUUAAUGGCGCCAUUGAGGACUUUGGCCAUUGUGGGCUUAUUUGAAUUCUAAUUUGUAGGCUAUGGUUCCAAGAGCAGUGCUCAUCAAUGGUUUCUUCUCUCUCUUCGAAUCCCCCUUUUUUUCAGCGCACAAACUCAAAUUUUUAUCUUCUCUCUCUACACAAAAAACCCACAAAACCCCUCUCAGGCGAGCCCAUUACCUCGAUGAACACCAUGAAGGAGACGCUUCAACCCACUUCUCUCUCAUAGAAAUCCCAAAUUCUUCACACCACCAUUAUCCAUCUUCAUCUUCUCUCUCUACCCAUAAAACUUUAAAGAAACCCAAAAACAGGGAUUGUUCAGAGGACCCAUUGCUAAAAUCCCAUCACCUAUCAUCAGAUGUUGCUUCUAUAUGUUCAUUACUCAUCCAACCCAUAUCAGAACCCAUCCAAUUCCAAGAAAUUCUGAAACCUUAUCAGAACAAGCUUGACUCAAACGUGGUAUUGGGAAUUCUGAAAAAUUAUAAGUUUUUGGGUAGAAAGAACACACUCGGUUUCUUCUCAUGGGCUGGUUUUCAAUUGGGUUUCAAGUUCGAUGAUACAGUGAUCGAGUACAUGGCCGAUUACUUGUGCAGGCGAAAGCUUUUCGAUGAUCUCAGGUGCUUGUUAAAAACAGUGCUAUCAGUUAAGGGCUCUGUAAACGCAAGGACUCUCUCAAUUUGUAUUAGGUUCUUAGGUAGGGAUGGAAGAGUAGAUGAGGCCCUUUCUCUGUUUCAAGAGAUGGAAUCACUGUUUAAUUGCUCUCCUGAUAAUCUUGUUUUCAAUAACAUGCUUUAUGUUCUAUGUAAGAAAGCUGCUUCUGAUGAUCAAAGUCUGAAUUUGGGUUCUAUUGAUUCGGCUUUCUCCAUUUUUAAAAGAAUGGAAUGCCCUGAUACAUAUUCUUAUAGUAAUUUGCUUAUUGGGUUUUGUCAGUUUGGUAAAAUAGAUAGGGCUUUGGACGUUUUCAAUGAAAUGGUUAAGGUUGGUAUGACUCCCACAAGAUCUGCUAUUAAUAAUCUUAUCGGGGGCUUAUGCGACGAAAAUUCAGAACGUUUGCGUUGUGAGAAGCUUAGAAUUAAUGAUCAUCGUCGUCCUUUUAGUAUUAUGGUCCCUAACAUUGCCAAAAGGAGUUAUAUAGAACCAGCAAUUGAGGUUUUCAAGAAGGUGUGUGAAUUGGGUUUGUUUCCAAGUGCAUUUGUUUUGAAUAUGCUUGUGUUUGAGCUCUGUAGGGUGAGGGAACUUGAUGAGGCAUUGGAUAUAGUGAGGAUUGCUGAAACUAGAGACAAAGCCCAUGUCCUAGAUAUGUACACAAUCGUGAUUCGAGCUCUCUGUAAAGUUCGGAGGGUGGAUGAAGCUAGAGAAUCUUUCGACAGAGUGAUUCUUUUAGGACUGCAACCCAAACUUGCUCUCUACAGUUCUCUUAUUUGUGCUCUUUGCAAAAUUGGGAGUUUGGUUGAGGCAGAGAGAGUAUUCGAUGCUAUGCGUAAAAACAAAUGCGAUCCUGACAGUGUGACAUAUACUGUUAUGAUCCAUGGAUAUUGUAGGGUGGAGAAGUGGGAGGCAGCUUAUGGGUUGUUGCUGGAGAUGUUCGGGAUGGGGUGGAGCCCUCAUUUCCACACUUACAGUUGGGUGGACGAUAUUGUUAGGAAAAAUGGGAGAGAUGAUUUGGCUUUGAAGUUGGAAAGAAAGCUUGAAAUUCAGGUUCUGCAAAGCCAUUGCAAGGCUGGUAGGUUAGAGGCUGCACAUAAGAAGCUUGGAUCGAUGAUUGAAAGAGGGGUCUAUCCUCCUAUUUACACGAGAGACCUCUUUGAAAGAGCAUUUCAGAAAGCUGGGAAAUAUCACGUUGCAAGAGAAAUACUAGAGAAAAUACAAAGAUGAGCACUGCUGUCUUUUAUAGGACAACCUCCUUCGCCUUUUCAAUUGGACUUGGGUCAUGCCCCAAGUCGGUACCCCACCUUUUUC